AUGGACCACCUGCUACCUUUCCUCCCAUUACCCUACAACCCCACUUUUCUUUCUUUCUCACUCUAUUUUCUAACCUCUUUAUCACUUGAACAGAAGGUGGAUGGGAAUGUUGUAUGCAUCCCCUCCCCACUCUUCAUUUUUCCACCUCUCCUCACAGCUCCACUCUUCAUUUUUCCACCUCUCCUCACAGCUCCACUCUUCAUUUUUUCCACCUCUCCUCACAGCUCCACUCUUCAUUUUUCCACCUCUCCUCACAGCUCCACUCUUCAUUUUUCCACCUCUCCUCACAGCUCCACUCUUCAUUUUUCCACCUCUCCUCACAGCUCCACUCUUCAUUUUUCCACCUCUCCUCACAGCUCCACUCUUCAUUUUUCCACCUCUCCUCACAGCUCCACUCUUCAUUUUUCCACCUCUCCUCACAGCUCCACUCUUCAUUUUUCCACCUCUCCUCACAGCUCCACUCUUCAUUUUUCCACCUCUCCUCACAGCUCCCUCUUCAUUUUUCCACCUCUCCUCACAGCUCCACUCUUCAUUUUUCCACCUCUCCUCACAGCUCCACUCUUCAUUUUUCCACCUCUCCCUCACAGCUCCACUCUUCAUUUUUCCACCUCUCCUCACAGCUCCCUCUUCAUUUUUCCACCUCUCCUCACAGCUCCACUCUUCAUUUUUCCACCUCUCCUCACAGCUCCACUCUUCAUUUUUCCACCUCUCCUCACAGCUCCACUCUUCAUUUUUUCCACCUCUCCUCACAGCUCCACUCUUCAUUUUUCCACCUCUCCUCACAGCUCCACUCUUCAUUUUUCCACCUCUCCUCACAGCUCCACUCUUCAUUUUUCCACCUCUCCUCACAGCUCCACUCUUCAUUUUUCCACCUCUCCUCACAGCUCCACUCUUCAUUUUUCCACCUCUCCUCACAGCUCCACUCUUCAUUUUUUCCACCUCUCCUCACAGCUCCACUCUUCAUUUUUCCACCUCUCCUCACAGCUCCACUCUUCAUUUUUCCACCUCUCCUCACAGCUCCACUUCUUUUUUUCCACCUCUCCUCACAGCUCCACUCUUCAUUUUUCCACCUCUCCUCACAGCUCCACUCUUCAUUUUUCCACCUCUCCUCACAGCUCCACUCUUCAUUUUUCCACCUCUCUUCUUACUCACACUUUACCUUCACCUCCCACCUAUUAG